AUUCAGAUCUCCGAACCCGAUUUAAUUACAUUUCCCAUUCCCCACAAAAAUUGACGCACUAACCAGUUUGGGUCGUUGAAUGGCUUUGGUAUGUGUUUUAUUUGCAUUACUUAGUGUUCAGUUUUGUAAAGAACCUCAAAAGUCACCAUUUAUAGAAAAAUAGACACAUCAGUGUAUCUGAAAGUGAAGAAAAUGAUCUCCUGUUUACAGUGCAGUUACAGGAGUCUGAUAAUGUAUAAUCAAAUGAGUUGAGCCUGUCUACAGUAAUGAGAUGACGUCUGAACUAUCAGCCUCCUGUGUUGAGCAGGCUGUGCACCAGUUUUAUCAGAAUGCAGGUGGACAACAGCAGCAGCAAAUUCAGCAAUGGCUGACCCUCACACAGAUUUCCCCAGAGGCCUGGAGAUUCUGCUGGGAGCUCCUCUCCUCUGAGAAGACAGUAGAAGUGAGAUUCUAUGGAGCCAAUACUCUCUAUGCAAAGAUCUCCAGAUACUGGUCAGAGGUGCCUCCAGAUCAGUAUGAUAAUCUACGGAGCAGGUUACUGCAGAAAAUCAUGGAGCUGUGUAGUGGAGAUAAAAUCGUCACCACGCGGCUUUGUGUCUCUUUAGCAUCUCUAAUCCUCCACAUGACCCCGGAGAACUGGCCCGACCCUGUACCUCAACUUAUCUCCACAUUUCAGUCACUACAGAAUGUCACGGAAGUUCAGCGGUGCCAGGUGUUAUUGGAGAUUCUUCGUGUUCUUCCAGAAGAGUUUUUCAGCGCCAAUCUAAGUCAAAGCAGAAGACAGACUCUGAGGGGAGAGCUGAACCAAAGUCUUUCACAUGUGUUGCCUCUGUUGCACAGUCUAUUAUCGUCUGGAGCCCCAUUGGAGGUUCAGAAGUCUGCGUUGCAGUGUUUUUCCAGCUGGCUGGACCUGGGCUCGGUGUUCGCGGAGGCAGAGGAUAUAAUCCUACAGACAUUCCAGUGUCUCCACAAUCACAACCUGUUUGACACAACUGUCGAGACGCUCGUCAAUGUCUUCAUGCAUCCAAGUAGUGACAGAUAUCAGAAAACCUUGAAGAAAUACCUGCCCUGUGUUUUGGGAUUGCAGGAUACCUUCAUGAAAGCAAGAGAUUCCCUAGAUAUGGAUGUGUGUCAACGAGUCGGACAGAUCAUCAUAUCUUUUGCUGAGAACAACGUCAUGUUAUUAUUGGAGUGGGCACUCGGUCCAGACACAAGGGAGACAACUCUAAACUUCAUCAAUCUAGUCCUGACCUGUACCUCUAUUCCGGGCCACUUCCCAGUGGAUGAGAAUUUCAGCAACAUGUUUUUCACAUUCUGGUACCUUCUACAAGAUGGCAUACAGGACUCUCCAGUUGAACGUGCCAAGGUCCUUCACCAGAUGUUUUGUCCAGUCUUUCUGUCUCUCAUUCAGACCCUCCUUAUCAAAGUCCAGUACCCUGAGGAAGAGGAAUACAACUCGUGGACAAAAGAUGAAAAAGAACAAUUUCGGUGCUACAGACAAGACAUUGGAGACACAAUGAUGUAUUCCUAUGGAAUCUUGAAGGAACCCUUACUGGGUUUCAUGUGCAAUAUGCUCAAUAGCGCUGCUGAAAACCCAAAAGAGACACAGUGGCAGUUGAUUGAAGCCAUAUUUUUCCUGUUUUCUUCGGUUGCGGAGAAUGUGGACUUGGAAGAGGAAGUUCAUAUUCCGAGCAUGCUCAGUGUGCUUCCUAAACUUCCCUUCAGCAACAUCAAAUACAUUUCCGCAGCGUUAAAAAUGAUAGGUGCCUACAGUGAGUGGAUAAACUGCCACCCCGAGUACCUGAACUGUGUGACCCCCCUAAUUCUCCAGGGUCUGCAGGGUCUCCAGAACGCAGAGAUAGCAGAAUCUGCUACGAUGUCACUUAAAGAGGUCACUGGAGAAAACUUGGACCAUAUUCAGCCUUACGCUCCACAGAUCCUGGGGACAUGUCAGCAUGCCUUUCAAAGUGGACUAUUAAAGACUCGAGACAGCAUGCGGCUGAUGCAUUCCGUGGGUCAGGUCCUGUCGGUGAUGAAGUACGAGGAAAUUAUGCAGUAUCUGACCACCCUGUUGUCCCCCCUGAUUCAGGACCUACAGAGGCUGGUCACUCAGGAGCCAUCAAAACUUGUAAAAGCUGGAAUCCUGGCCAGGCUGUCCAUUCUGGGGUCAUUGUUUUCUUCACUGGACACGGAACGAGACCGGGAGGAAGGUGGGAAAAAGGUCAAGGUCAAACCUAAAUCAACAGACCCCAAACCGGUGGCGGUGCUUCUCCAGCAGUUAGCACCCAUCAUUCAUAGUCUUCUGGCCAAUUGGAUCAUUGACCCAGGAAUUGUUGAGGGAAUAUGUGAUAUGUUUAAACAUGCCUUGAGAACACUGCUGGAUGAUUUUGCUCUGCUGUCUAAGGAUGUAGCUGAAUUGUUGAUGCAAAUGUAUCAGGUCAAUCCUAGUCCAGCCAUCUUAGAUUUGGCCAAACAGUUAAUUAUCAUGCAUCAUGAGGACCCCCAGCUGAGCCUGGUAGUUACAGCUUUGUUAGGGAGUGUAUGCAAUACAACCCUGGAGCUGUUUUCUAAAGGGCCUCAAAAUUACACAGAUGUCAUCGAAGCAUUCAUGAAUCUCUUAUCUCAAGUUCUUAAGAAGAGCAAGAGUAUACUGACAACUGAGCAGUGUUCGAUACAGAUCUCCAGUCUCUUUCACUCUGCUCUUCAGGCACUGUCUCUACCAGAACAGCCCACAGUCAAAGCUACCUGUUCUUUUAUGGGGGAGUUCUUGUCAGCAGGGGAGACUACUCCUGUGAUAAAGGCUCUAGUUCAGGAGGAGGGGAGUCUACUUCUGGAUAAAAUUCUGAGGGCAGUUGGGGGUGAAGUAGCCCGAGGCUUAGUUGAAAAUUUGUCUGACAUUUUCCUGAUGCUAAAUAAACAUUACCCCGAGAACAUGCUUGUGUGGAUGAACCAACUUCUGAAGCAGGAAGGAUAUCCCUCCCCCAAGGUCAACCAAGAGGACAAAGAGGCAUUUAUCAAAGCUAUCCUCAGGGAAAAGAUCAACAAAAGGAAAAUUCGUGAAGUUUCCAAGGAGUUUUCGCUAAAGUGUCGUGGAUUGUUUGGGACUGAAUAUGCAGCUAAUACAGGGUUUUAGUGACUGUGUGGAAAUGAAAAUGUGCGUUUGUCGUCUGCUAUUCCAUCCAACACUGUAUGGACAGUUUCUGUGAUAUGCCAAUUUCGACUCUUUAUUGACCCCAAUUAAAAAAUAUACAAAUGUC